AUGCACUUGGUCAACACAGCUCUCCUUGCCGGAGUGGGUCUAUCCCUCUUGGGUCAAGUUGUAUCUCUAGGCGAAGAACGAGUGAUCGCCUUCCCUGUUCUAUCCGAUCUAGACACAUUAUCUCAUCCUCACUUGUUCGACACCGAUCAAAUCACCUUCAACAUUGCCACCACAGGACAAAGACAAGGGAAGGACGACCUAUUCGUACUAGCUUCCAAGCCCCAUGGACACGCUACCCCUCUCUUACUAGAUUCCAAAGAUGAUCAAGCUAUUCACGUAGCUGCUCAGACGUUCGCCUACGAUGUAUACAAAGUGACGGGUCAACAUCCGAAGUUGUACAAUGAUACUUUACCUAAUCAUGUCGAGCGCGCUUUGAUUGUUGGAAGUGUAUCUAGCGAUUUGAUCAGGAGACUUAAAGGCGUACAGAGAGAUAGGCUGGAAGGGAAAUGGGAAUCGUACGAAAUAGGUUGGGAGGAAGAUCCUUUGAAAGGUGUCAAAGAAGGAUUGGUGAUCAGUGGAUCAGAUCGACGAGGAACGAUCUACGCUCUUUACACCCUCUCCGAACAAAUGGGUGUUUCCCCCUGGUAUUUCUGGGCCGAUAGUCCCAUUCGACCCAAAUCCAUUAUCGCAUAUUCAAAAUCCAAAAGACUAUUUCACGGUGAACCCACUGUAAAAUACCGAGGAUUGUUCAUCAAUGACGAACAUCCCGCGAUGUGGGGUUGGGCACAACAGCAUUGGAACAGGAAACCAUGGGAACCAGCUUUCCAAGCUGAGAUGUAUGAGAAAUGGUUUGAGAUGCUUUUGAGGUUAAAAGCCAAUUAUCAUUGGCCUGCUAUGUGGGCAAGUAUGUUCGAUGUUGACGGGCUAGACGUAUCGAACGGUCUACCUAAGAAGCCUACACCGGGACCUAAUCAGGUUCUAGCCAACAAAAUGGGUGUAGUGAUGGGAACAUCCCAUCACGAGCCGAUGUCGAGGAACAAGCCUGAAUGGGAUUCAUACGGCGUUGGCGAAUGGGAUUAUGUCAAAAAUCAAGAGACAUUAACUGAGUUUUGGAGGUAUGGAGCUGAAAGAGCGAAAGGGAUGGAAACGCUCUUCACGAUGGGUAUGAGAGGUGAUGGAGAUGAACCAUUGAGUGGAGCUAGUAAUGCUUUGGUGCAAAAUAUCACUCAUGCGCAACAAGGUUUAUUGAAAGAGGUCUAUGGUGAUCAAUUCGAUAGUAUCAGUCAAAUGUGGUGUAUGUACAAGGAAGUCGCAGGAUACUAUCUCAAUGGGCUUGAAGUGCCAGAUGAUGUCACCGUUCUCUUCGCCGAUGACAAUUAUGGUAAUCUCAUGUCGGUCUUGCCACCCGAUAGGCAAGAUCACAAAGCCGGUGCAGGUAUAUACUACCAUGUUGACUAUGUCGGUUUCCCAAGGGACUACAAGUGGACCAACACUAUCAAUCUAGCUAAGACUUGGGAGCAGAUGAACCACGCUCGAUCAUUCAACACCACCUCAAUCUGGAUCCUCAACGUCGGAUCAUUGAAGCCGCUCGAAAUGCCAUCUGAACACUUCUUAUCCCUCGCAUAUGAUUCCGACGCCUGGCCUAGAAAUAGUGUUGGCAAGUUCCUCAAAGCUUGGGCGGAGAGAGAAUUUGGUGAGGAUGUAGCUGAGGAGACUGCUAGUAUAAUGAGAACAUACUCUUUGUACGCUGGAAGAGGUAAAGCGGAACUUCUCAAUGGGACUACCUUCUCUUUUACCAAUUACGAAGAAGCCGAACGAGUCUUGGCUGGAUGGGAUGACCUAGUCCAUCGAGCAGAUAAGAUCUACCAUAAAUUGGAUAAAGCCACUAGACCUUCGUUCUUCCAACAAGUUUACAUGUUAUGUGCCGGUCAAGCUAAUUUGAACAGACUGCAUAUGGCUGCCGGUAGAUCGCAUGUCUAUGCCUUCCAAGCUAGAACAGCGGCCAACACAUUUGCUAAGGAAGCUCUGGAUGCUUUCUACAGAGAUGCCAAUUUGACGGAAACUUUCCAUUCGUUAUUGAACCGAAAGUGGGAUCACAUGUGGGAUCAAACGCAUAUCAACUACUACGCUCCUCUCGAGCCCAUUCGAGAUUCCCUUCCACCCAUUAAGUUCGUUAACCCCUAUCAACCUUCCCGGCCAGGCAUUCCAAUCAAGGAACAUGCCUUACCUGGAUACGUAGCUUAUCUUCGAGUGACCGUCGAGAACCUCAUCGGAGCCUGGCCAGGCGACACGGGCAAGAACUGCGAGAGAAGCUAUAAAUGUCCUGACCCGACUUUGCUCAUCAUGGACCCAUACGGAGCAAAGACGAGAUGGAUCGAUAUUGGCUCGGGAGGACCUAGGAAUACCAAAUUCACCAUUACGACCGAUCACGAUUGGCUAAUUGUCAGCGAGAGCAAAGGCAAGAUUAAGUGGGAUGGUACGGAAGAUGUCAGAGUAUACGUUUCGGUAAAUUGGGAUAAACUGUCCAAUCACCAAGAAGGAGGACAAGUAUAUGAGACUGAAGGUCAUGUACUGAUCAAGGGCGAUGAUCUUACCAACGUUACUGUGACUAUACCAAUCACUGUCCCACCACCCGUACCAAAAGAUUUCAAGGGCCAUGUAGAAGGUGAUGGAUAUGUGGUGAUGGAGGCUUCGCAUUAUACUAGAUCGAGUGAAAAGGAUGGAUACGCAUUUGAAGAGAUUGAAGGAUAUGGAAGGACAUUAAGCGGUAUGGAGAUGUUACCUUCCUCAACCCAGAAUUUCACUUUGGGUCAAGGUCCAACAUUAGAGUAUGAUUUCUGGUCUCACCCUACUUCGUCUUCAGACAAGUUGUCCGACGAGGUACAAGAAGAAAAAGAAGAAGUGGAAGUAACACUUCAUUUGGGUCCUACCAAUAACUUUAUAGUCAAUAAAGAACUUUCCCUUGGCCUUCAAUUGGAUUCCUCGCCCAUUCAAGAAGUUCAUCCAAUUCCUCUAGGGUUGUUACAGGAUAACCCCCAUGAAGAACCUUUCAAACGAUCUGCUGUUGGAGCUGUACCGCAAGAUUGGGAAAACGCAGUUUCCUCCGAAAAUCGAAAUGCUACCGUAUCGUUCAAGGUUGAUGCUAAUGAGUGGAAAGAAGGUGGGAAACAUACGUUGAAGUUAUUUGGUAUGACUACUGGACUGGUGGUGGAGAGAAUCCAAAUUGAUUUUGGAGGGAUAAAGGAGAGAGGGUAUAGUUAUCUUGGACCUCCAGAGAGUUACAGGUUGUAA